GCAGUUCACAAGAAUACGCUGUCUACGAAAUUUGUUCUGAACUAAAACACAAAACAGCCAUGUCUGGCCGCGGUAAAGGGGGUAAAGGGCUCGGUAAGGGAGGCGCAAAGCGUCACCGCAAGGUUCUGCGUGACAACAUCCAGGGCAUUACAAAGCCCGCUAUUCGCCGCCUUGCUCGGCGCGGUGGAGUCAAGCGUAUCUCCGGACUCAUCUAUGAGGAAACUCGUGGUGUGCUUAAGGUCUUCCUGGAGAAUGUCAUCCGCGACGCUGUUACCUACACCGAACACGCCAAGAGGAAGACGGUCACCGCAAUGGACGUGGUUUACGCCCUCAAGAGGCAGGGCCGCACUCUCUACGGCUUUGGCGGCUAAACUCAUCAUCAUCCUCCACAAACAAAAAGGUCCUUUUAAGGGCCACACACCUCUACCAAAACGAGUAUGCAUUCCUUCCGUUUAAACUACAUAAUUAUUCUUGAUUGGGGAAAUGGAGUAUACGUUAGAAAUGAUUAUUCUGUAUCGCAUUUAAGUGACACGAAGUAGAAAAAAUGCUCGUACAUACCCUGAAGAUGAAAUCCAAACUGGUAGGCUUUUAGUUUUGCUCCUGUUGCCAAGUCAACUGAUGAAAACCCCUUAAAGAGUUACAAUUACAUUAAUGACAGACAAGAGCCCUAUUCAACACAUUACAUAUUUUAAAUGACUGCAGUUAGCACACAAAGCAAAACCAAACCUGUCUAUUAAAAUUCCAAUUGUAACCACGA